AUGCGCUACUCCUUCGUCGCCGCUAUUCUCUCCACCGCUGCUCUCCUCGUCUCCGCUGCUCCUAUCGAGCUCGACGGGACCCACAUGAACAAUCUCAAGGCACGACACAAUCCCCCACCGUCUCACACGCGGGCAUUCCUCCAUGCCGAGGCCAAGCACGACGAACAUGCCGGUAAAGCCGAGUGGCAUAGUAACAAGGCGGACCAGCACAUCAGUGCCCAGAGGUCUGCUAUGGACAGAGCUGAGACCCGCCCCAAUUCUGUUAAACACUACAACCAGUUGAUGCAAGAGGCCGUGCAUCACGGUAGACAGGCCGACCACCAUAUUGACCGAGCAGAUCAUCAUUCGAGGAAGGCCGCUGAAUAUAAGGAAGAUAUGCGCUAUCAUGGUAGCAAGAUUGGAAUCCACGUCCCAAGGAGCAUUGAUGAGCUAGAUUAG